CCCACCAUGCCUCUGGCUAGAGAUCUUUUACACCCUUCCUUGGAAGAUGAAAAGAAAAAACAUAAAAAGAAACGGCUGGUUCAGAGCCCAAAUUCUUACUUCAUGGAUGUGAAAUGUUCAGGCUGCUACAAUAUUACUACAGUUUUCAGCCAUGCUCAGACAGUGGUUAUUUGUGUAGGUUGUUCACCAGUUCUGUGCCAGCCCACAGGAGAAAAAGCCAGGCUCACCGAAGGCUGUUCAUUUAGAAGAAAGCAACACUAUUCAUCUAUACAAAUUCCUGAGUUUGCAUUUUUCACAGAAAGUCUUAUCAAGUUUAGUGACUCUACCAAGACAAUGUAA